CUACCAAAAGCCGAGGUAUCGAUUAUCUCAGCGAUAUGCCGGAUACCGUGGAAAUCGUCAAAGAGGCAUCGGAAUCAAAAAGUGAACAUGUGUACAUCAACGGCGCGUUCGCAUUCGAUCCACUUCAUAUUGGGAACAAUGUUUUCGAAAAACCUGGCCCAGUCCACAUUGAAUCAAGCCACGCCUCGAUGCCAACGAAAAGCGUGUUGACGGUUAUUCGCCACAGCCGAUGGAUGCUGCCGUUGGUGUACACUCACAUCUGGUUGUCAGCAGCGUUCUCACUGAUGCAACCAUAUUUUCCACCCUUGGCUGCAGCGGCUGGUCUGGAAGCUUGGAAGUACGGGUUUUUCUUUUCUGCAGUCAAGGUCGCAAUGUUACUGGGAUCUGUAGUAAGCGAACGAAUUAUGGCCUUUGGAUCACCACGGAAGUGUUAUUUGUCAGGACAGAUUGGUUUCUUACUGUUCACCAUUCUUCUUGGGUUGAUGUACUGGUCACCCGGCGGCAACGUUUUUCUUGGACAGUGUAUAGCACUUGCCAUCGUGGGCGGCUUCUUUUCGACGGUGUUUCUCGUUUCGGCAUACGCAGUAGUGACGUCGGAGUUUCCCAUGCACGUGGGCCUUAUUAUAUCCACAAUGGAGUUCCUAUGGGGCGUGGGAAACAUGGUUGGGACCGGCCUCGGCGGAGUACUCAUUGACGCCUGGGCCUACCCACUGCCAUUCUUCGUAAUAGCAGCGCUGCUCGGAUUUUCCCUGCCUUGGACGACGACCUCGAAAAGACUAUCUGCGAAACCCCUAAAAGAUGUUCAAGGAUGUUCAAGCUCCGAGUCUCCGAAGAAGCAAAUGAAGUUGCACAAGCUACUCAUUGAUCCAGUUUUCGUAAUUGAUAUGGUUACUGUGAUGUUAUGCUGGAUCAUCAUGGGAUUUAAUGAACCUACAUUGGAGCCACAUCUCAGACAGUUUGGCCUCGACACUACCAAGCUGGGCGUCGUCUUUAUGGUUCAGUUUGCCAGCUACACAAUUGCGACGCUUCUUUUGGGCCUCUUCUGUCACCUAAAGAUGGAUGCUUUUUUUGCCUUUGUGGGACAAUUUCUUACAGUUUUCGUUUUUCUUAUACAAGGACCAGCGCCUUUCAUUCCAACCGAAGCAGCUAUGUGGAUGGUAUACCUCUCACAAGUGUUCACGGGGGCAGGCAUGGCCGCUCAAUUUGUUUGCGGUUACUGUCACGCACUACAACACGCUGUGGUACGAGGAUAUCCAAACGAUAUAAAAACAACAUCUUUCGUUUCCACCGUCGUAAUUACAAGUCUUGUGCUUGGAGCUACAAUAACUCCUCCAAUUGCUGGAUACCUUGUGGAAAGGUUUGGAUAUAGGAAUGGGUCGAUGUUCCUUUUCGGAAUUCUUGUACUUUGGACCCCAGUUACAUUCAUUCAGUGGAUGGCAUCGUCCUGCAGCAGGCAACGCAAGCAGCAGUGGGACGUUACGACUGAUUCGCGUACAUGCUGACCACCCACCUCUAUUCUAUAUUGCCUCCAAAGCGGGAGACGGACCUCGCCUACCCCCACCCCAAACACAAAACAUCCUCUAACCAUUAUGCCACAACCGCAAGUGCACUGCUCUCGUGCCAACACUAAUUAGGACUUUAGGUGGCCACCAAGUGUUGAUUAUUGUGAUCAUUAUGAUAAUGAUGAAGUGUGAGGAUGGUGAUAAUGAUGAUGGCGAUAGAUAGAUAGAUAGAUAGAUAGAUAGAUAGAUAGAUAGAUAGAUAGAUAGAUAGAUAGAUAGAUAGAUAGAUAGAUAGAUAGAUAGAUAGAUAGAUAGAUAGAUAGAUAGAUAGAUAGAUAGAUUCAAGGUCUUGGACGUAGGCAAAUAAUGCUAAUCGCAACAAUGACUUAAAAGUAAGUGCAAGUGAACGAAAAAAAAUCCCUUGGCGCAGGAGGGAUGCUAACUCGAAUCGACGGCAUUAUGUGCGCAGUGCUUUACGAAUUAACCUACCGCGGCGGCCAUCCUCCUGUCCACUUUGUGAAUGAAGAAAGACGCGAUGUCAUAAGAGUCGGCGCCUGGACAAAGAGGAGCAAAAAAGCACAGAACCGAACGCAAUGUCAUCGCCAGUGGCAUGCAGUACGUGCAACGUCGGCGCUCGUCCAAUAGUCAGAUACCUAUUGUGGGAUCGUCCCGAUCUCGCGAUAGUAAGAUAGAAAUAGAAGGGAUGCGGCGUUAAUUCACUGGACUACGCCACCCUCUCAGGUCGGCGACUGGCGAAUUAUAAAUUCUCUAUGAGAGUGUGCUAGCGAGGCCGGUUUGAUUGGCAGAUCAUGAACGUGCUGUUUCUUCUAUAUUUCUUUAUUUAUACUACAAUUCUCACAAAUGACCAUCGCCCUGCUUAAGCCACUGAGCCAUCUUUGUCAUUAAAGUUCAUUUGCAUCCCUCUUGGGUCUUUGAGCACGUGUCCUAAAUCUGGGUAAAUCUGGGGGUGUUAGCCAGCACCGCUCACAGCCUAUGCGGCGGAUCCGAAACAUCCUUUUAACCAGCAGGUACCAUACAGUGCGUAAGCUUCGGAAGCGACCAUAAAGCCUCGCAUGCUACCUCAUGGAAUCAAAACUGCCAAAUUAGGAGCCCUUUCUAUGUAGCAAUCUCGAAUAAUAAGGGGAUUUUGGGGGAAAUCAUAUAAGGAAUCAUAUAGAGGAAAUCAUUUGUUAUGCUUCUUUGGACUAACGACGGAGCCAGCACGAGCUUUUUGUUACGGUUGGUUACUUUCUAUGGGCAAACUGAUACUGACCCUUUGCACUAAUAACUCCACAGAAAAUGUUUUCAGAAAGUUUUCGGUCUUAUUACUGGUUCAUUGGUGAUGAAUAGGAUCCCAUCCGAAGCGCGUUGCACUUAAUAGAUAAAGGAAUGUGCGCUGUGCCACCAAUGUCUCUGGGAGAGCACUCCAGUAGAAAUCCUGCCGAAACGUUCCGUUGCAUACCUGGAGGAGCUUACGUAUUUUGCGACAUCUGAAUGUGCCCGGGCGCAGAUUCAGGUAGGGAGGACAGCCUGACAAAGCUUAGAAGGAUAGGGGUGACAUAAUAGUUCUAAUUUAAAUUAUCGAAAAAUCGCAUCACGCUUCAGUGCCUUUCAAAAAUGAUGUGCAAGGCAGCGCACGCAGCAGUGUCUCAAAACAGUUCUCAAAGCAUUAUGGGCUAGUACAGCGAUAUGGAUGUACAAACGACAUUGAAACGCCAUAUCUAGAGCACAGCAGCUUCUGCAAGAUAUCAUGUUAAAGAAGCUCCGCCAUGCGCUGCUCGUCAAUAAUGGUGACAGUAAGGCCUAGUUCUGUACUUGUUGUACUGGUAUGCGGCAGUAAGCAUAUAUUUUAGCCUCGACCCACUAAAUAAGCGUAUUAUGAAAUAAACGUAUGUGUGUCCGCAAAUAAAAAAAAUUACGUCGCCUGUCUGAAAUGUUGUUGGCUAGACCUCUCAGCUCAAUAACCUAGUGCUUUGCCUAAUGCAUAUUUCACCGUCUUCUCAAUGGGACACCAUUGCGCUGAAACCAGUCACAUUCAUUUUCACCAGUUCAAGCGACAAUGUAUUACGUAGCUUCAGUGUAGGUGUCAAUGGUGAGGCCAGAUUCUUUAGCUGUAUAAGACCCUUUGCCUUCCAAGGGAGCCUCAAAAUUGUGCAUUUAUUGCUUUGUAUUUGUUUAAGUGUCUGCCUUUCUUUUAUACGUAUCAGUGAAGUCGCAUCACAUUUCAUACAGGUUAUUCCCUUGAUGGUUAUGGGCCUUAAGGGCGAAUCACUAAGAAAAAACACAGAAUUAGCUUGACUCUAGACCUCUGCUCCAAUUUCGACAUAUCGCUCCACUGCCUACGGGCGCAUUGGAUGUCCUAAGUCUUCAAUAAAGUAUGGCCGCUGUGAACACUUCCAAUAGAUUGAUGAGUGGACUCCCGGCACCAGCUAUGCCAGCAACAGUGCAACCACUUGUCACUAUGAAUAGGGCGUGCUUCAGCUCAUGAAUGUCCAAAUGAUGUACGCCCUCCAAAACUUCUGCUUUAAGUACCGUGUUCUUGUUCAAUUGAACAGUUAUAUACUACACGAACAACGUAACCGCACUCGGGAAACCAUGGUGGCCUCGACAAGUACGAGGAGUCCGGCACAUUAGCGUUCCCUCUUACAGUUCAUCGUGCCUCCUUGUCCCAUCUGCUUGAAGGCGACCACAAGCUCCGUGCCUCGUCAUGGCUGGUAUCGCCAUGCGAGCG